UCCGCUUCUGACUAAUUACCAUGCCCUGGAGAAUCGGAAAUAUCUUCUUAAAAAUAAAUCAAGCUUUAGAAUGUGUGAAGUUUUGUGAUGUUAAAACUCUCAGAUGAGUUUCCGUGAAGAAAUCUCAAAUUUUAGUCAUGUCGCUAUUUACAUUUAAACUUCAUGCACAUGACAGAAAUAAACACAUUGAGAGGCGUAACUCGGUAACGAAAUCUGGUACGAGAGCAACUUAAAGCAAUAUCUGGCAACCACACAAUACAUGAUAUUGUGAGUGCGGAUUUAAUUUGGACCACAGACUGCUGUAAUAAAUUUAGGCAUGCUUUUUUUAAACGCAAUUAUUGCAACACAACAUUCCUUUCUUUCAUUUCAUACAAUUGGUAUGGUCCAGUCACUUAAAAGUGGGGCCUGGUAACUUUUGACACCUGUUAAUUCCAUUAAGUGCUAACUGUCCGUGCUUCUGUCUUGUGUCAACGGCCCGCGCAAUUUUGUGUCAACGACCUUUGUGCCGGCAUUUGUAAAUAAAAUUACAGAUAAAAUACGGGAAGUAAAAUAUCACGUUAAAGUAAUUAUAUGACGCCAAGUUAGUCAAAUGGAGUUUCAUAAAUAAAAUGGAGUUUCAUAAAUAAAAUGGAGUUUCAUAAAUAAAAAUAUGUUUUUGGCAAGUCUUUUUUACAAAAAAUAAAAAUCCGGAAGUAUUAAACAUUGACCAAAUGUAUGUUAUUACAGAAGCUUCCAUGUUCUUUGUUUCAUUUCAAACAGAAAGUCAACUGUGAGGAAACACAGCGACCUUCUUAAAGUAGUGACUCAUGGUAAUUUAUUACUGUCAAUAAUAAAAAAAGAACACAAAAGAAGACGACAAUAGAAAUUCACCGCAGUACAUCGUUUGGGAAGGUAAUUAGAUUUUUGCCAAUUGAAGCUUCAUUAAUACAGCGACUUUUUGACAGAUGGUCACAACAUCAACAUUAUGUUAGUAUUAUAUUGAAUUCAAGCGAAAAACACAUUCAACAUGUUAAAACAAGCCUGCUAUUUCGUAUUGCUCGUGGUAUCAGUAACUUGCGAGUUGAAUCUUACUACACCUCUGUUUUUUGAUCCAUAUAAUCCUUUUUUCGGGUGUGAAGAACCAAUUUAUCGAGUUCCACCGGGGGUGGCGACCAAUUUGGUGUGUCCGCAUCAAGUAUACGCCAACUAUAAACAAGAAAUAGAAGACGUACGAAAAGAAAAAAUAUUUGAAACUCUUUACUACGUCAAAACAGAAGACGAGUAUGUUAACUGCGAUGCAAGAUCUGGUAUCGUAUGGUUACAGUGUGACACAGUAGACCCAGUCAACAAAUCAUGCUACCCUCAUCCAAGGGGGCGCGGAUAUUUUCCCUUAUUAAGGGCAUGCAACGGCUAUGACAUAUUCAGAUUUAUACCAAAACAAGAAAAAGACUCAACUGCAAUAGAUUUCCGUCCAGGACACAUAUAUCGGUUUAUAGCAACGUCAUUUAGGACAAAAAUGUAUCUAGAACAACUCCAACUAGGCAGCUGUUCUCGAACUAAAAACAAGGGAGAUUAUAAACUUCGCUUCAAAGUUUACGUUUGCACCGAUGAGGAGGUUAAAAGGGGAGAUUGCGAAAUUGAAGAUUCUCAAAAGUGUCAACAAAAUUGCCAGCUUAAAAACGAGACAUUUUAUCAAGAUAGCAACGGAAACUGCUACAUGAAACAACGAAAAUUAUGUGUGAGCGAUGCGUUAGGUGUUACAAUGAAUAAAACCAAAGAAAUUAAAAUUGACUGUCAACCACCAAGCUAUACAAAAUGGAGAAAUAUCACAACACAAUAUUACAGUGAUGGAGAAUGUCAUAUAGUGCAAGAGAGAAACUGCACUUUUGUAUUUACUGGUAAAUCGUAUACAGAAACAAGAAAGAUAAGCAAACCAUGUGAGAAAAUGUCAUGCGAAAAGUGGAAAUUGAAAGGGGAUAGGGAAUACGAAGUUAACGGCACGUGUUAUGGAGUAGCCAUACGGUCCUGUUCAGGUGUUGGUUUCAACUAUGUUGAACAAAAAGAAGUCAACGUUACAUGUAGGAUAUCUCAAGCAGUAAGAGGAGAUGCUAAAGAGGGUGAUAUCCAUUUCCAACUGUACAUUGCAAUCGGUGCUGCAAUACUUGCUUUGUUGUUUGGUAUGGUGAUUGGCGUGAUGUGUAUGCGUUAUCAACACAACAAGAGAUGCCCCACAAAAACAAACACGGUUCUAACUAGUGCACCAUCAAGCAUACAAAGCAAUUCUCCAUCCAAUGGUCAUACCAACAAAGUAUUUGAACAUGAAGUGAUAACGGGAGAAAUAUUUCAUUUCGGAAGUGAUGAGAUACCGCCACCACCAUCAUACACAUCAGAAGGGAAACAGUACCUCGAAAGAAGUCACUCAGCUUUCUCUCCUUCCAGUGUUAACCGAAGUGUUUCUUUUCAUUAUGGGGACGAGAGUGUAUUUACCAGUCCAGAUCCGAUCGCAUAUCGCCACUAUCAACCCAGAAGACCAGGACGAAACAGAGUGAACAGAAAUUCGAGCGCAAUAUCAACAGCUCAGUUGAUGAGACACUACAGCGAUGCCUCGUCUAGACAAUCCAGAUUGACCAGUAUUGACCUAUCUAAUGGUGGGCCAUCAAGGCAGACAAGUUUAAAGUCACAAAUGCCAAUAUACGAUGAAGUGCAGGAGGCUAUUAUAUAGCAGAAGAAAAAUAAUAAAUAGAAAAUCAAACCGGGGAUGUUGCGUGAAAAUAAAUUGAUGUAAAUAAUAAAGAAGAAAAUAAAUCAAAGUUAGACGUUCGAACUGUUAGAAAUAUAAACAUGCAAAAACAUUUGGUGAAACAAAAAAUUCAUUUUUUCCGAUUUAUUUUACUUUUGUAAAUAUGUUAUGUGGGAGUAUUUUAUAAUAAAUAUGAAUUCAUAUAUGAAGUUGUAGCAGUCAUGUUUAUGAAAUGUUAUGUUUUGUAUAUCAAGUGCAAAAAGGAAGACAUUGAUGUAACCUUCUCUCUCACAAAUAUCAACUUGUUAUGGUU